AUGCCUCAACUCGAGCUUAGUGAGCUGAACAUUGUUCUGUCCGCUGUUGGCGCCUUCUUAAUUGUUUUCGGUGUGAUUUCCCACAAGAUCAAGAAAUGCUGGUACCUCGGAGAAGCCCUGCCCGCAACCCUCAUGGGCGUCAUCCUGGGCCCCAAGGCUGCCAACCUGAUAGAUCCCACCCGCUGGGUCUCGGGCGAGCCCGAUGAGAUCAGAGAGAUGACUCUGGACGUCUGCCGAAUCGCCAUCGGCAUCCAGCUCGUCAUCGUCGGCUUCCAGCUGCCCGCCAAGUACCAGAUGCUGCGGUGGAAGGAGAAGCUGAUCGGAACGCUGCCCGUCAUGACCAUCAUGUGGCUUGCCACCUCCAUGUGCAUCUUCGCAAUCGUCCCGAACCUCACUCUGCUCAGCAGCCUCGUCAUCGGCGCAUGCCUCGCCUGCACCGAUCCCAUCCUGUCGCAGGCCCUGGCCAAGGGCGCCUUCGCCGAGGAGCACAUUCCCCGUCACCUCCGCGACAUGAUGACGUCCGAAGCCGGCGCCAACGACAGCUUCUCGUUCCCCUCGCUCAUGCUGGCCACCGUCCUGAUCCGUAUGGCUGACCAUACCGAGGGCGAGCAGCAUGCCGAGAUUGAGCGCAUAGAAGGCGGCGUGCCCGAGGCCCUGAAAGUAUGGGUCCUCGACACCAUGCUCUACACCAUCAUUUUCGGCAUCGUCUACGGCGCCGUCGUCGGCUACGCGAGCUGCAUGGCCCUCAAGCUGGCCGUGAGAAGGCGUUGGAUCGACAUCGAGAGCCUCUUUCUGUUCCCCACAGCCAUCGGCCUCUUCAUCGUCGGCACCGCUGCCGCCAUCGACACCGAGGAGCUUCUUGCUUGCUUCGCGGCCGGCAACGCCCUCAACUGGAACGGCCUCUACCAGGAGGCAUGCAACGAGGAACGCGAUGCCGUCAACCCCACCAUCGGCUUCCUCCUCAACAUCGGCGCCUUCCUCUACGUGGGCUCCAUCAUGCCGUGGGACCAGUUCAACCACCCGGCCGUCACCUACCCGCGUCUCUUCGCCCUGGGCUUUGCCGUUCUGCUGGUUCGCAGGAUCCCAGCCACCCUGCUCUCUUACAAGAUGCUUCCCAAGGAGAGUGCGAACCCCAGAGAGGCCCUGGUCCUGGGAUACAUGGGGCCGAUCGGCAUCGGUGCCAUCUACCUCGCCGAACGCACCCGCAAGCACUUCCCCGAGCUUGGCGAAGGCGACGCCCAGGAGAACACUCUCAUCGCCUCUCUGAUACCCAUCGUCUUCUGGAUCGUGCUCUUCUCCAUCGUCAUCCACGGCUUCUCCGUGCCCAUCAUCGACUUCAUCUACAGGCGGUGGGGCAUGCGGAAGACCCAAGAGGACCAGAAGAACAUCCUCCCCUUCUCCGAGACUUCGACGCUUUCCGACGAGAAGAACGAAGUCGAGAGGCGCGAGUCGAUCGCCAUCUUCGAGGAGAAAAUGAAGCACCUCUCCUGGGAAUGCAAGUCGCCCAUCGACGACAAGCGGAGCCUGGACGUGUCGGACGUCAGGUACGAGGUGAAGGAAUGGGUGUGA